AGAAAAUUAGCAUUAUUUUUCCAUCAUUUUUUUGUUUAAAUAUUACAGUAAUUUCUUUAUUCGGCUUUGGAUUAGUAGGUACUAUUUUGGCGCGAAUAAGCAUAAUUAUUAUAAGCGUUCCCGCUACAAUUUUGCUAAUCUCAAUUUUUGGCGGCUAAAUUCCCUUACUCUUCGCUUCUACUGCAACGUUCCAAUUUCCAGUCGCCGCCAUGAAUUCCAGAGAAGUAGCGCUGGUUUCAGCUGCCACAGUACUUGGUGCCUUUGCUUCUGCUAUAACCAUUCACCUUUUCUUCACUCCCAAAAAGCGUUCAAUUACUGAUUCAGACGGUUUCCACCAGAGGAAGUCAUCUUCUCAGAACCCAUUUGAUCCUUCAAAACGCCAAGGGUAUUUGUCAUGGGAUGAUUAUUUUAUGGCGAUUGCAUUUCUAUCUGCUGAACGGUCCAAGGAUCCCAACAGGCAGGUUGGAGCAUGUUUGGUGAGUCAAAAUGGUGUAAUACUAGGCAUUGGAUACAAUGGGUUCCCACGUGGCUGUUCAGAUGAUAAGCUUCCCUGGGCAAAGAAAUCUAGAAAUGGAAAUCCGUUGGAGACAAAGUAUCCGUAAGUUAUAUUCUUCUCCAAAACA